GCCAAUCACCGACAGUUUUGUGAAAUAACCUACAACGAGAAGAUCACGUUUUGCGGUCUCCGGCUAGAAUCUUCGAGAAAUAGAGGUUGGAAUAAUAAAAAUCUUCUCAUAAAUCAAUCAUUCCAAAUAUUUUAAAAUGUUUCGCCUGCCUCGCGUUGUCCGUCAAUCUAUUUCUCUACAAAAGGCACAUCAACUUUCAAGAUUUUACGCCAAAGAUGUGAGGUUCGGCCCCGACGUAAGAGCCCUCAUGCUGCAGGGCGUGGAUGUCCUGGCUGAUGCAGUAGCAGUCACAAUGGGUCCUAAAGGUCGAAAUGUCAUUUUGGAACAGUCAUGGGGUUCGCCGAAAAUUACAAAAGACGGUGUGACAGUUGCCAAGGGAGUCGAACUGAAAGACAAAUUCCAGAACAUCGGCGCUAAACUCGUGCAAAAUGUGGCAAAUAAUACAAAUGAAGAAGCCGGAGACGGCACGACGACAGCUACAGUGCUCGCGCGUGCGAUUGCGAAGGAGGGUUUCGAGAAAAUCUCUAAGGGUGCAAACCCUAUUGAGAUCAGAAGAGGUGUAAUGCUGGCUGUCGACGCCGUCAAAGAUAAGUUGAAGAAUAUGUCAAAGCCCGUCACAACACCCGAAGAGAUCGCGCAGGUCGCCACAAUCUCCGCUAACGGAGACACGGCCAUCGGUCAGCUCAUUGCAGAUGCCAUGAAGAAGGUGGGACGCGACGGUGUCAUCACAGUGAAGGAUGGCAAAACCCUCACUGACGAGCUAGAGAUCAUUGAAGGUAUGAAAUUCGAUAGAGGUUAUAUUUCACCAUAUUUCAUCAACUCAUCCAAAGGUGCCAAAGUUGAGUUUCAAGAUGCUCUAGUGCUGUUUUCGGAGAAGAAAAUCAGUAAUGUACAAACUAUCAUUCCUGCUCUUGAAUUGGCUAACCAGCAGAGGAAACCUCUAGUCAUUGUAGCCGAAGAUGUUGAUGGUGAGGCACUCUCUACUCUUGUAGUGAAUAGGUUGAAGAUUGGCUUGCAAGUAGCUGCAGUCAAAGCUCCGGGUUUUGGUGACAACCGCAAAGCCACCCUCAGUGACAUGGCCAUUGCAACCGGUGGGGUUGUGUUUGGGGAUGAUGCCAACCUUAUUAAACUGGAAGAUGUACAGCCGUCAGACUUGGGCCAGAUUGGUGAAGUGGUUAUCACAAAGGAUGAUACUCUAUUCCUGAAGGGUAAGGGCAAAAAGGCUGAUAUUGACAGAAGAGCUGAACAGAUCCGUGACCAGAUUCAAGAGACAACAUCGGAGUAUGAGAAGGAGAAAUUACAGGAGCGUCUUGCUAGAUUAGCAUCAGGAGUAGCAGUCCUGCAUGUAGGUGGUUCCAGUGAGGUUGAGGUUAAUGAGAAGAAGGACCGUGUCAAUGAUGCUUUGAAUGCAACCCGAGCGGCUGUUGAAGAAGGUAUUGUCCCUGGAGGUGGCUCUGCCCUUCUCAGAUGCAUCCCCAUCCUCGAGCAGCUAAAGACUGGAAAUUCUGACCAGGCUACGGGAGUGGACAUUGUGAAGAAAGCGCUCAGAAUGCCAUGCAUGACGAUUGCAAAGAAUGCUGGUAUUGAUGGGUCAGUAGUAGUAGCCAAAGUUGAAGAUUUGGGACCUGAAUUUGGAUAUGAUGCAUUGAACAAUGAGUAUGUGAACAUGAUUGAGAAGGGUAUCAUUGAUCCCACGAAGGUAGUGAGGACGGCACUGACUGACGCUAGUGGCGUUGCUUCUCUGCUAACGACAGCGGAAGCCGUGAUCUGUGAAAUUCCUCAGGAGAAGGAGCCUAACCCAAUGGCCGGCAUGGGUGGUAUGGGAGGCAUGGGUGGAAUGGGAGGCAUGAUGUAAACUGCGCACCACCUGUGACUCCUUGACGCAUUUAAGAUAAAAUGACUUUCGGUAGUUCUAUACCAGUUGUUUGGUAUUGCAAGUUAAUGUCCGUUAAAAUGUGGAGUGAAUGAGUAGUUUUUGAGUCUGAUUGUGUUAAAAUGUAGUAGAUUUAUUUAGUUUUAAUGCCUGCUUGAGCGAGCACUGUUAUUUUUAAUAAUAAAAUAAUGUUUUAUAUUUA